AACGUCGUCGGCGUUCAUGACACCGGAAGUAAACUCUCACGUUGCCGAAGCAAGCGCAAAACAGCGGCAGCACACAUGUUGAGGCAAAAGCAUCACACAACGACGAAAUGGAGUUACAUUUGAACAACAACAAAACAAGCUCACAAGACUUGCUCGCGUGUGGCAACGGAGGAGGUCUUCAUGACAAGCUUCUCCUCAAGUCGAAGGGGCCCAAGGCUGGCAGGUCUUUGCAGACCGAGAGGGUCCCAAGAAGUAGUGUUCUGGACAGACUGCAGAACUUCCUGCCCCAGAUGGCCCAGGCCAAUGAGAAGCUCAAGUUGCAGAUGGAGCAGGCACCUGAGGGCCACUAUGACAUAGAGAGGGUGGAGGAGUCUGGAAAGGUCAUAGAGAUGGAUGUGUCGCUGGUGGAGCUCAGUAGUUCAGACAGCGACUCGGACAGAGAGUCUUCACAGGACAACGACGCCAACUCAGACUCUGAGGAGGAGAGCGAGCUCACAGAGGAGAACCUCAAACUGCCUGGCAACAGCCAGAGGCAGAUAAAGAAGGUUCAUAUCCAAGUCCUGGAGAAACAAGAGGAUUAGGCUGUCAUAGGCCCCUAAAGGGACUACUGGGACAGUUGCAGUGUAGAAUGUUGGUAAUACUAAUCAACUGAUGUGGGAUCCGUUCUCCUUCUCCAAGCUCUUUUCUUAACCAUUAACCAUUCAAUAAGAACUGAUCGUGGGUCAGUGAGGACAUGGUCCUGGAGGGCUAAUGGAUUAACAGUGUUUCAGUGGGUGGAGACCAGCUGCAGUGAGGGAUAAAGGGGACAUAGGUGUCUACAUAGGGGGAUGUCUGUACUAUAAGGGCCAAAUAUCAUGUGUCAACAAGUGUUUCAGUGCUAUUUGAGCCAUACUGAGAUGGAGACUAAGCAUUGAGGGCAUUCUCAAGAUUGUGAAGUAAGAAUAUGCCUUAUAUAAUUUCCUGUUUAUCUGAUGACCCUAGGAUACUUGUAAGGUUAAAGUUUAUAGCGGCUUGAUGGUAUAUUGAUGGCAGAGAAAGAUCUGUAUUAAAUCCAUUUUCAAUAGAUCAUAUUGUUUGUUUACAUUUUAAGUAUUUAAGCAGAAGUGUUUGACUGAAUUUCUCAUCUUCAGUACCAAAUGCUUUAUUAUAUCUGUCUGCUUUGUGUUAUGGAUAGGCUUAGUCCCAGCAUUCUGUUAUGGUUGGUCACAAGGUUUGUGAGCUAUGAAGUUUUUCCCCAGAGUUAUUUUUUCCUGAAACAAAAAACACCAAAACUGUAUACUGUGUUUCAUAAUAAAAUGUUCUGAAAUCCUA